AUGGACGGCUCCGAUCUUCUAACAUGCCCAUUCUGUCCCUUUUCAGAUGCGGAUGCCAGCUUCCUGGAGAUGCACAUCGAGCACUGUCACCCAGAGAACGGUGCCCCGCAAAGUCUCACGCCCGAUUUUCAUGAGUGGGAGAACAGGCGGUCUCCGUCGCCGUUGCCGACAGAUGAGGACUCUACAGAGAAAUAUGUUGAUUGCCCACGUGGGUGUGGUGAGACAGUGACAGUGGCUGAGCUGUCGACGCAUUUGGAUCUUCAUCUGGCGGAGGGCAUGGCAUUCGAUGAGAUUGGGGCAGACUCGCCUCAAUACAACGCAGACGCCUCCAGUCCUGAUGAUUAUGACUUGCCUCUAGACCAGGAAGACAAGCUUGAUCUACAAGGAGCCCUCCAAGGUGGCAAAAGGGGCGCAGAUCGCGACUUUGCACGCAGGAAUAAUAAUGCCAAACCAGCCCGAGCAAAGAGUCCACCGCGGACUCGGGGACAGGAUGGUGCAAUGCGGCUUGGGCGUGCGGAACUGGGUCCUCAUGCCAAUGAGAAAAAGAUGCCCUCGUGGCUGAAGCACAUGCUGGAAAAAGGUGGCCGAACCUCAAAGCAGACCCAGAUCACAUCAGACGGGAAUCUAGCAAGGCACACCACAGUGGAAAACGAGACUGACCACCUCAUCCCGGUUAUUGCGAAACUAUGCGAGCAAGACAAGACUGUGCAAAGAGCUUUUCUCUGCAACCCCAAGGUUCGCCAUAUCUGCAAGCUUUCCCGAGAAGGUGGAUUCUGUGGGUAUCGAAAUAUUCAGAUGCUUGUGUCAUAUAUUACGAAGACGCAAAAUACGGGUUAUACACACUUUCCCCAUGGUGUACCGUCGAUUCUGGAUCUCCAGGAUUUAAUCGAACAGGCUUGGGAUAUGGGAUUUAACAGCUCGGGCAGGACCGAGACAGGAGGUAUCAAAGGGACAAGGAAAUUUAUUGGAACUCCCGAGGCACAAGCUCUGUUCCAGAGUCUCGGAAUCCCAUGCGAUGCCAGUAGUCUGACUGCGAGCGAAGGCAUGCUAGCUUACGAUAAACUCUACAUGGAGGUAGCGAGUUACUUCCGCUCGGCAUGCUCGCUAGACGACGAGAAAACAAAGGUCUUCAAGACCGACCUUCCUCCCAUCUAUUUCCAACAUCAAGGCCACUCAAUGACCAUUGUGGGAUUUGAGAUCCGCGACGACAGCAGCGCGAACCUACUGGUGUUUGAUCCCAUGUUCAAGACAGCACCAGCGAUGCACCGCCUGAUUGGCACGUCCGCGAAGUGCGACAAUCCAAUUCGCCUACUCAAGGCCUAUCGGAGGGGCACUAAGUAUUUGCAAAAGUACAAGCUUUUUGAGCUUCUCAAAUUAAUUCCAGUGCUGGGAACCGCCUCGCCCGAUACGACCUCGACAUGA